GCGCAACUUUCAGUCGUCGGUCGGUCGCGUUUGCGGUUUGAAGCUAGUCGUUAGACAUUAGUCGCGGGGGCGCAAAAACAAAUUCUAUCUUCAUCCCCAUCAUCACAUUCGUAGUGUAACUGUGCAAGUGCAGAAUUAAUUAAACCACAAACGUCCCGCUUCAUUAACAAUCAAAAUGUUUCGACCACAAAGUGCCAUGACUCGUCAAGAAAACGAAUUGAUUAACAAGAGUCAACGCGAGCUGCAGGCGAAAGGUGCAAGCGCGGAUCCGGUGACACGGCUGCGAUUGGUUUGCAUGACACGCGGAGCGACUGGAAUUCUCGGUUUGGGCCGCAUGUUUCGUCGGCUUGACGACGACGGCAACAAACAAUUGAAUCGUGAAGAAUUCAUAACUGGCCUGCGCGAAGCUGGCCUCGAGAUCACCGACGAGGAAGCGGAGAAUAUGUUCGUUCAGUUUGAUAUGGACGGUAGCGGCGGCAUCAACAUGGAAGAAUUUCUAGUUAAUAUUCGUCCGCCAUUGGCAGACUGCAGAAAACGUGUAAUUGAGGAAGCUUUCAUCAAGCUAGACAAAACUGGUGAUGGUUUGAUCACAAUAGACGAUUUAAAGAACGUCUACAACGUAAAAAAUCAUCCGAAGUACAUCAGUGGAGAAGAAACUGAGGAAACAAUUAUGAAGCGCUUGAACAAUUUUGAACAAGACGCUACCCAGGAUGGCACUGUGACCAAGGAAGAGUUCUACAACUACUACAGUGUCAUCAGCGCGUCAAUCGAUAACGACGGCUACUUCGAUCUGAUGAUGCGCCAAUCCUAUAAACUUUAAACGUCGAGCACCGCAUUCACAACAAAUGUUUAAAAUGUAACUGUGUCAGCCAUGCGCAACCAGUCGAACAACGGGCCAAACAAACGAACCAAAGCAAACAACAUAACCUAACAUUCAAACUAACCCAUUCUAUAAAUAUAAAUAUGGCAAAGCAACUUUAAUUUGUUUCGAAUUUGUUAAAUAUUAUGAAACGCGUUGCUUGUUUUCGAUUUUUAAUACGCAUAUAUCCCGAGUUGUUGAACAAAGUUGUUAAAAAAAAAGAAGAGAAAUAUUCGUAACCAGAAUUACUGUGAAAUUUAAACAAUUAAAGUAGCACUUUGCAUUUUAACACUAUUAUAACACUAUUAUAUUAUAAUACUGUCUUGUUUGAAAAUAUAUGAAAGUUUGUUGUUUAAUAAUAAAGAAAACAUUGUAAA